AUGCAAUAAAUUCCUCGAAUUCAAAUAGGUCACUUUAGUUAUUUACAAUCUGAUUUAAUUGGUACAGGAUAUAAAAGUUAAGUAUAUAAAGGAGUAAAUGAUUUGAAUGGAGAUUUAGUAGCAAUAAAAGUAAUUAAUUGUCUAAAAUAUAAAGGUAUGCAAUAUGAAAUAAUUAACAAAUGAAAUUGAAUUGAUGUUACUAAAUUAAGAAAUCUAUGCAUUAGGAUUGUUAGAUUCUCCAAACAUCAUAAAAAUGUAUUAAUGUAUUCGUUCACAAUCUAAUACUUACAUAAUAACAGAAUUUUGCAAUUAAGGUAUGAGAAUCUAUUUUUAUUUUAAAAAGGUGAUCUAGGAUAAUUGAUAGAAUAGAAAAAUCAUUUGCAAGAAAAUGAAGCCACAUAAUUAUUUAAAUAAAUAAUCAAUGGCUUUUUAGAAUAAAUAAGAAAAGGUAUAAUUCAUAGAGAUAUCAAACCUUCAAAUAUUUUAUUAAGCAAUGGAAUACCUAAAAUAGCAGAUUAUGGAUUUUCUAAAAUUAUGGGUGUUUAAGAGAAAGUUUAUUAUAAUGUUGGUACAACAUUAUAUAUGAGUCCAUAGGCUUUGAUGGAUAAUUAAUACUCUGAAAAAAGUGACAUUUGGAGUAUUGGUAUUAUGUUUUAUUAAACUCUUUGCGGUAUAUUAUUAGUUUAAUUAAAAAGGUUGCACUCCUUGGGUAGCUGAAACAGAAAAAGAAUUUAUCAAAUAAAUUACAACCACUCCUAUUUAAUUUCCAAAAAAGAUAUUAUUAUCUGCUCAUGCUAAAGAUUUCAUUAUCAAAUGUUUAUAAGUAGAUAUGAAUAAAAGAUUAUCUGCUAAUUAAUUGUUUGAUCAUCCUUUAUUUAAUGAAAGACCUAGAUUACUUCAAAUUAGUGGAUCCUUUCAUAUUACAAGAGGCUAAACAUAAUAUUAAUAAUAAUAAAAAGAUAAUGAAUGGAAACGUAGAUUAAGUCCUAGAGAAGCAAUUGAUAGAAAUUACAAUAAUAAUUAUUUCAAUCAUCCUCCAAAACCUUAAUUUUCUAUUCAAAAUCCAACAAAAGACUUUUUAUAAAAUGAUUUAAUACUAUAGAACAUUUUUUAUUUACUAAAACUCAUUCUUAGAGUAGCCAAGUUAAUAGAUCAUUUUGAUUUCUUUAAUUAGAAUUGUUUAUAAGAGAAAAUACUUUAUUUUAUGAUUAAACAUGCUAUAUUUAAGACAAAAUAAUUUAAAUUAAUGAUAGAAUCAAAUAUAAAUACUUUAGGAUUAAUCAAUUUUCAUUAAUAUACUUUAAAUACUGAUAUAAAAAAAUAAUAUUUAAAUGAAAUUAAUGAAUUUUAAAAUAAUUUUACAAGAUCUUUUGAAAGAUUGGUAACAAUCUCCUAUUUAUCAUUAGUGGAUGAGGGUUAAAGAUAAUCAAAAUAUCUAUAAGAUGAUAAUACAAGAUUAAAAAUUUGCAGCAGCUUUUGAUAAAAGUGAUUUAGAAGUACUUAGUCAUUAUGUUUUAAUGUUACCAUUUUUAAAAUAAGCCAUUUUUGAAAUUAAGACAGUUUUGUCAAUUAAACUAAAUCUUUAUACUGAUUUUUAGGUAUGAAUCAAAUUUAAGAUAAAGAGUCCUGAACCAAGAGAAGAAGCUGCCAUUAUAUUAUUAGAUUAUCUUGUACUAUAUAGUUAGAUUUGUAAUAAUAUCAUGUUGCAUUUUGACAACUCCUCAUAUCGUAUAACUUCGUUUUAAUUGAAAAAAGUUGUUGAAACAAAGCCUAUUAAUAUUAAUAAAUGUAAAUACAGAGAUAUUUGCAAAUAAAUUGGAAAUUUACAAUUAAUGCUGUGA